AUGGCCGGCACCGCGCUGUGCGCGCCGGCAACGGCGGAGCCGGCGAGGCAAACUGAAUCGCCCUCGCGCGAACCGCUCACAGCGCGGAAGCGCUUCGACUGCUGGUACUGCGGGCAGCGCGUCGAGCCCGGCGGCCGCAUGUGGCCGGUCGACGUCCCCGCGGAGGGCGCGGCACAAGCUGCCCGCCGGCUGUACGUGCACCCGUCGUGCGCGGCGCGGGCGAACGGCGGCGUCCUGCCCGCGCCGCCGCCCUGCAAGCACUGGCUGCGGCGCGGCGCGUGCCUCUUCGACAGCGACGGGGGCCGGUGCUUCUUCUCGCACCCCGAGCACGAGCGCGGGGCGCUGGCGCUCCGGCCGCACAACGGCAGCGGGCGCAGGGGCGAGGCGCGGGGCGGCGAGCGGCAGCGGCGGAAGGUGCUCAAGCGCGGCCGCGCGAAGCUCUUCCGCGACUUCCUCGUGCGCGUGUUCGGGGAGGACCUGAUGCGGCUCGGGGGGGUGUUGGACGUCGCGGGGGGCAAGGGCGAGCUCGCGUUCGUGCUGGAGAACCUCAACGGCGUGCGCUGCGACGUCAUCGAUCCGCGGCGGGGCGCACUGGCCAAGUGUCGCGCGCAGCUCAAGGUCGGCAUCUACCACCAAAACCCGUGUCUCAACGCCACCAUCUCCCGGGACUUCGAGACGUGCGCGCGCGGGGCGGCCGCGACCCCCGUGCGGCACCGCAUGAUCCUCACGCGCGCCGUAGUGCACGCGGUCUUCCCCGACGGACCUCCGGACCCGCAGCGCGCCGCCGCCGCGUUCCGGGACGCCAUCGCCGCGGCGGACGACCCCGCGUGGGAGCUCGUCGGCGACGGCCACCCCGGCGACCCCGCGCGGGCCGCCCCAGCGACCCCCGUGUCGCGCCGCGGCGGCAAGGCCGUGUACAGCAGGCUCGCGGGGAAGGAGGUGUUCGUAGAGGACGGCGACGAGGAGGACGACUGCGGGGAGGUCCGCGGGGACGUCGAGGCGCGAACCGCGGCCGCGGCGGCCAGUCUGCGCGCGUGCAGCCUGGUGGUGGGGAUGCAUCCCGACCAGGCCACCGACCCGAUCGUGGAGGCCGGGCUGCGCGGGGGCGGGAAGGCGUUCUGCGUCGUGCCGUGCUGCGUGUUCGCGCGCGAAAACGACCACCGCCGCCUCCCGGACGGCCGGCCGGUGUCGACGCACGACGAGCUGAUUCGCUACCUAGCGGGGCUGGAUCCGGGGAUCGUGGUGGAGGAGCUGCCGAUAGGCGGGCAGAACAUCGCCGUGUGCUACGCGCCGCCGGGGAUGCGGCACCUCCUGCCGCAAGAUAGCCCCCUGCGACGAGCGCAGGUUGCGUGA